AUGGACCCUGCCACCCGAAGAGUCUGGGAGGAGGAGAGAGAGGAGAAAACCAGCGAGCCGACCUUCGAACAGCUGGGGGAGUUCCUCCAGCGGCGGUUCCGGACGUUGCGGUCGCUGUACCCCCCGACCUCCGCCCUCCCUCAAUCGGCCAGCGCAUCCAACGCAUCCCGCAAGGCCGACCAGAGCCUCGGACCGCGGCCUCUGCUUCAACUGCUUGAGUGGCUCGCACUCGGCCAGGACCUGCCCGUCAAAUGGGACUUGCAGAAGCUGCUCCGGGGCCCACCACAGCCGGCCGGAAUUGACAUCGUCAUCGGUGCGGACGCCUACAGCCGGAUCAUCCAAUCGGGCGUCCGGAGCUACGGCCCGCUUCUGGCCCAGAACACUGUGUUUGGCUGGACGCUCACCGGGCCCGUGGCCGCCGACGUCGAGUGCGAGGCAGCGUUCGCUCGAGGAUGCAGCCGAGACCCCACAGGGCGUUACACCGUGGCCCUCCCGCUACGACCGGAACGCGUCGCUCUCCUCGGGGAGAGCCUGAGCCAGGCUCGUUCCGCCCUCGCCUCGAUGCACCGCCGGAUGCAACGGGACCAGGAACUGUCGGGCCGCUACCACGAGUUCAUGGCCGAGUAUGAAAACCUCGGGCACAUGCGGCAGCUCACUGCCGAGGAGCUCGCCGCACAUCAGGGACCGGCAGUCUAUAUCCCGCAUCACGAAAUCUGGCAACAUCACGAUCGAGGACGGAAACUGCGCGUCGUCUUCAACGCCUCGAGACCCACAUCCUCGGGAUACAGCCUGAACGACGCGCUGCACGCCGGGCCGAAGCUACAAGGGCACGUGGCCACCAUGCUCACUAGGUGGCGGCUGCACCGUUACGCCUUUUGCGUGGACAUCCAGAUGAUGUUCCACCAGAUCCGCGUGAGGCCAAAGGACGUCCACCUCCAGAGAGUGCUGUGGAGCCAGGACGCAGACUCUCCCGUCCACCACUACGCGCUGCAAACCGUCACUUACGGCGAGGCCUGCGCACCUUACCUGGCCCUCCAGACCAUCAGACAGCUCUGCGCCGACGAGGGCGCCCGCUUCCCACUCGCCCGAGAGGCCGCUGAGAACGACCUCUACAUGGACAACUUCCUCAGCGGCGGGCACAGUUUGGAGACAACCCGACGCCUCAGGGACCAGCUGAUCGCGCUCCACACGGCGGGCGGCUUCCACCUGCGGAAGUGGGUGGCCAGCGACCCCGCCUUGCUUGAGGACAUCGCCGUGGACGAUCGCCUUCGACCCAGCUGGGUCCAUCUCUCGGCGGACGGACCAUUCACCGAGCUCGGACUGACUAAGCGCAAGGCCCUCGCCGAGCUCUCCAGUAUCUUCGACCCGGCGGGAUGGCUGGCGCCAAUCACCCUCGUGGCUAAGACGAUCGUGCAGGAUCUGUGGAGAGCGAAGCUGAGCUGGGACGAGAUCCUCCCACAGGCGUGGCAGGACAAGUGGUCCGCAUUCCGCUCCACGAUCCUCGCGGCCACCGAGAGCGACAUCCCCCGAUGGAUCGGGCUUGCACCCGACAAGAACCUCCAGCUCCACGCGUUCGCCGACGCCAGCCGCCGCGCCCUAGCCGCCGCAGUCUACUCGCGGGUCACCGACAAGGACGGAAGCGUCACCACCGCCCUACUCAACGCUCGGACGAAGCUCUCCUCCAUCAAGAGCCUCCAGCCAGCAUCAACCGGACGCCUGCGCAUGACAAUCCCGCGACUGGAUCUGCGCGCGGCUCUCAUCGCCUCACAGCUUCUCACCACCACCGCCUCCGCCCUCAAGGUCCCGAUCUCGGCCUGCCACCUUUGGAGCGACUCUCACGUCGCACUGCAUUGGCUGCAGUCCGACGAACCGGUGGGAAACGACAUCGUGGACAACUACAUCGCCCACGUCCAGGAAUUGGUUGACGGAGCAACCCUUCUCCACGUGCCCACCACCAACAAUCCCGCGGACAUCGCCUCUAGGGGGGUCGGUUCGGACGCCCUCAAGGACCACCGCCUCUGGUGGACCGGGCCGAAGUGGCUGUCCAGCCCCGAAUCCGCCUGGCCCCAGACCGCCCUCGCCGACGACCCACCGUCUACAGGCCCGGACGACACCAUCACCGCCUGCCUGCCUACGGAUGUUGCUGUAGAUAAGGUUGCUGUUGACGUCGCUGGUGAUGUUGACUUCGACGUUACUGAUGAUGAUGAUAAUGUCAUCAACGCUGAUGAUGUUGACAACCUCGAAGAUGGUACAUUAUCUUGA